GCAUCAUCAUCAUCAUCAUCCUCCUCAUGAGUUCAGAUACAGUAGCGACGCAGUGCAGGAGCGCAGCGCGCGCACAUUUACUGCACUAACCUAAUCCAGCCUGAAGAACAGAAUCCAAGAAAACUGAAAAGGAUUUAUGCGCUCGUGCGUCCGAGCACGCGACCGCUUUAACUGUCCAGCGCGUGCCUCGAUAAUGCGCCAAUUGCACUGAUGAGUCGCGCGAGGAUCCCGCAUCAGCAGCAAGCCGCUUCAACCUUGCACAUCAGCCUCUCCUUCCUAAUUUAACCAUUUCUACUGCUUCUUCGCUGUUUUAAUUUUUAAUUGUAUCACCUUUUGACUCUUUUCCUUUCGGUGAGGUACUCUGAAAGAGAAUGUCUUCUGCAGAUGAUGCCAACCCAGCAGGUGCUCCUGGAGCCCCAGGUGGCCCUGGAGGAACCGGUCCUCCUCCCCCUCCAAACACCACCAGCAACCGCAGACUACAGCAGACACAAGCACAAGUGGAGGAGGUGGUGGAUAUCAUGCGUGUGAAUGUGGAUAAGGUUCUGGAGAGAGACCAGAAGCUGUCUGAGCUAGACGACAGGGCAGAUGCUCUGCAGGCCGGGGCUUCACAGUUCGAAAGCUGUGCUGCCAAACUCAAGAACAAAUACUGGUGGAAGAACUGCAAGAUGAUGAUUAUUAUGGGUGUCAUUGGAGUCCUCUUCGUUGGAAUCAUAUUCUUGUAUUUCUUCUCUUGAGCCGAUCCACCUGCAACAAACAAGAAAAUGAACGAAGAAAACACAAUUAUGAGCUCCACCUAUUUCCCAAAUACUUCUUUCUUCAAUCCUAAGGUCUUUCCAUUUAGACAUUUUGCACCAUGGUGUGUAUGUGUGUAUGUAGUAUGUAGAUGUCUGCUCUCCUUUCUCCUGUAUCAGAAUGAACACAUGUCACAUGCUCUCUAUAUCUUUCAGUUUCUGUCUACCUCUCUCCUUUUCCCUCCCUCUUGGAAUCUCCUGCAUUAUUCAAACCUUCUGCAGAAAUUCAUACAUGAAUGCACAGAAAGAGCAAAGAGAGAGAGAGAGAGCAGAAGAAAAAACAGAUUUAGAAUAAGUGGGAGAAGCCAGGAAGGAAAAAAAUGUGGUGACACUUGUGAAGACAAGGUAGGAGGAUGAAAAAGGAGAUCCAGUGCUCAUGGGAGGAGCACACUACCGUUCAAAAGUUUGAGGUCUGUAAGAUUUUUUAUUUAUUUUUAAAGAAAUGAAUACUUUUAUUUAGCAAGGAAGCAUAAAAUUGAUCAAAAGUC